AUGAAACAGACUAGGGCCUUUUGGCCUGGUUGUUUGUGGUGGGGGCUUCAGAUGAUUCGAGUGGGAAUAACUUGGAUUCUUAAGGCCCUAAGAAGGUUGUUUGGGACUGUGGUAGGGAUCAGUAUCGUAGCAAAAGUAGUGCACACGAUUCAGGCCAUUAUUUCCCAACGCAUCCUAGGUCAGCAGUACAUGACCAAUCGCCUAUAUGCUCAUCGCCUCCGCCACCCCUAUUCCCUAGUCCUGGACCUGGAUGAAACACUCGUUAGGGCCACUAGAAUGUCACGAAAAAGUGGCGCACUAUCCUUUCGUGUGGAUGGCAAAAUUACCUGCAUUAGUGCCUCUAAAAGACCUCAUCUUGAACGAUUUCUCCUAGAAAUGAAGAAUAUUUAUGAAAUUGUCAUUUUCACGGCUUCUUGCAAGGAAUACGCGGAAACCAUACUGAAUCACAUAUGCAUAAACCAUUUGGUGGAUAGGAGAUUGUACCGAGAUGAUUGUAUAAAAUUGCCUAAUGGAUUCUACGCAAAAGACCUGCACAAAGUGCAACAAGAUGUAUCCAAAGUCAUACUGUUGGACAACAAUAAGGAGGCUGGAGUUAAUUUUCAAGAUAACUUAAUACCUAUCGCAAGCUGGUUUGGAGAAGAUUCAGAUACAGCGCUACUAGAUAUUAUACCCUUGCUGAAGGCCUUGAGACACCUAUCGGACGUCAGACCAGUGAUCAAACUGAGAUUACUUAAGGAUAGUGCACAAAAAAAACAAAAGCAACAAAAUAUUGAAAAGAUUCAACAUGGACAAAUGCUCUCCUUGGCCCACCUAAUCACUGAGCGCAUUUGGAAUAUGACAAACAAUUUUGGCAUCAGCCCUACAGACACUCAUCCAGAUGAGUUUGAAAGCUAA